AUGAUGUCAGCAUACCCAGGCAAGAGCCCAAGCAAGAUUUGCCUUUGGGCCUGCCCAGGCUUGUGGCCCUCAUCAACUGCCUGGUCUUGCCUUUGUGCGCCGGAGCCAAAAGUUGGGCCUAGGCCCCUUGCUGCCCGGGCAAACCAGCAGCGCUGGAGAUGCUCUUAUAGGCUAGGGCAAUGGCAUUUACUAUUCACAUGA